GUUUUAUUGCAGCCUAGAAGUCAACGAUUACUUAACUGACUACUUUGUUACUUUCUCUGUCACAGUGGGUCAGUCAUGUCAAACAACAGCGCCGUCAACAGCAAUUUGGCCAUCGCCCAGAGAGCAGUGAAACAGCUUCGUCUAGAGGCCAGUGUCCACAGGAUAAAGGUUUCACAGGCUGCUGCAGAAUUGAAGACCUUCUGUUUGCAAAAUGCCCACAAAGACCCUCUCCUCACUGGGGUGCCCUCCAGUGAUAACCCCUUCAGGCCUCCCAAAUCAUGUGUCCUCCUCUGAGGACCGUGAAGGAGUGCCAAGCACUCAAACAGAUGCCUGAUCAUUCAGAUGUGGAUUUCUGUCAUGUGCCCCACUGCCUCUGAAGAUAAAGAAGUCAAGACCAUAGAUACACUCACACACUGUUUUUCAGUGGAGCAGCUACAGAAUGAUGCUGACAUUUUCAGCUGAAAAAAUGUAGUCAUUCAUUGUACUUAAUUUGGUAGUACGGGUGUGUCUGUGCAUUAAUAAAACUACUGGCUUCUUCCUCUUCUUCUUCAUAUGCUCUUUUCAGGGUUCAGGGGUCUCUACUAUGCUAGGUUUACACAAGAGGCCUUAAUGUCAAUAUGGAGACCUGAUAGACUGUAAUACGUUGAUGGGUAAUUUCCAAUGUUGUUGUUCACAUUGUGAACAUGCAGUCCAGUUUGUACAGUUCAAACAAUCUCUCUCAACUCAAAAGCAGUGUUAUUACUCACCAUUAAAAGUUACCAUCUCUUUUUUUUGUCAUCUGUGACUGAAGCUGUAUCUGGCAUAAAUUUAGUUUUAACACUAACAAUUUUAAAUGUACAAAAGCUCACUAAAAAAAAAAUUUUUUGGUAAAAAAAUAGGGGCACAUAUAUUAUGUGUUGGAAUUGUUGGAAGUUGGAAUUUGAAGUGCUCUUACCAUCAAAAGCUGAAUUGUGGACAGCUGGGAGUAGAAGUGACUGAAAGACAGAGUGUAAAAUAUUUUUCUUAACAGGAAAUCUAAAUGUCUGUCAUAUACACCAUAAUACUUUACAAUUAACACAAUUUACAGUGUCAUGCUAUAAAACCUGACUACUGUUGAUCAAUGUAUAUCAUUAAUCUAAUCACACAUUAAAUUAUUACCA